AUGUCGGCCAGUCUCAUUCACGCUUCGCGUCCCAUCAUCCGUGCUCGCAGCAGGUCAAAUGCCAUGCGCACCUUCUCCAUCGCGGUGCCGGCGAGACUCGAGAACGAGUGGUUGCAAAUGCCCAAGCCCCGCGGGUUUCUCGCCGAUAAGGAUACCACUCCUCGUUCAGAGAUUCGGUACACCAGAAAGACGGAGGUCGACACGCUCCGACGUCUGCAGCAGAAGAUGGCCGAACAUCGCCAACGUCUCGACGAGCUGGAGAAGUCGAUUCAGCAGUUCACGCGGGUGCAGGGGGUCUUCUAA